CCAACCCUGCUGGGCGGGGUUGGGCAGGAAAGUCUCUGCUCUUUCUCCUUCACGCGCUUUCUCGCGUCCUGUGGUUCCAGGUCCCGGGCCGCGACUGUCGCCACGGUGGCGGCCACUACAUCACGCCCCACGUCGGCGGCGCUGGACGCCGUAGUGUCGACGAGCCCGGAGCCCAUGACAGGCCAGGGCCAGUCGGCGGCCGGGUCGGCGGCGUGGAGCGUAGUGUUCCGCCACGUCCGGUACGAGAACCUGGUGGCUGGCGUGAGUGGCGGGGUCUUGUCCAACCUGGCGCUGCACCCGCUCGACCUCGUGAAGAUCCGCUUCGCUGUGAGUGAUGGACUGGAAGUAAGGCCGAAAUAUAAAGGAAUUCUACAUUGCUUGGCAACCAUUUGGAAGGUCGAUGGACUGCGAGGACUUUAUCAAGGAGUAACUCCGAAUGUGUGGGGUGCUGGUUUAUCCUGGGGACUCUACUUUUUCUUUUACAAUGCCAUCAAGUCGUAUAAGACAGAAGGAAGAGCUGAACAGUUAGAGCCAUUAGAAUACCUCGUCUCAGCUGCUGAAGCUGGAGCCAUGACUCUCUGCAUUACAAACCCAUUAUGGGUGACGAAGACUCGCCUUAUGUUACAAUAUGGUGGUGUUGUUAACCCCUCACAGAGACAGUAUAAAGGAAUGUUUGAUGCACUUGUGAAAAUAUAUAAACAUGAAGGUGUGCGUGGAUUGUACAAGGGAUUUGUCCCUGGGCUCUUUGGAACAUCACAUGGUGCCCUUCAGUUUAUGGCAUAUGAGGUGCUAAAGUUGAAGUACAACAAACACAUCAAUAGAUUACCGGAAGCCCAGCUGAGCACAGCAGAAUACAUCUCUGUUGCAGCACUAUCCAAAAUAUUUGCCGUAGCAGCAACAUACCCGUAUCAGGUUGUGAGAGCCCGCCUUCAGGAUCAGCAUGUGUCUUACGGCGGUGUAAUAGAUGUGAUCACAAAGACGUGGAGGAAAGAAGGCAUCGGUGGAUUUUACAAAGGAAUUGCUCCCAACCUGAUUAGAGUGACUCCAGCCUGCUGCAUCACCUUUGUGGUUUAUGAAAAUGUCUCUCACUUUUUAUAUGACCUUAGAGAAAAGAAAGUGAGCUAAAGGAAGAUCACAGUGUGUGUGCUUGAGGCAGCAGCAGACUCCUUCGUGUUUGAAGCACAAAGCUCAGAGAAUACUGCACAGCAGCAUAGCUGGAUUCUCAUGUCAAAGGACCGCUAAGUCAUCUUGAUGUGUUCUGCUCUUUGUUUCUCCGUGUGUGUGUGGGUGGAGCUGGGCUGCCCCUCCCUGGAGACUGAUAGUCACUGUGAAAUGUGCAAGAUCUUCCAUUUUGUUGUUCAGGGAGAAGCUAAUUUGCAAUAUUUGUAAAUAAUUUGAUGAAUGUUCUUUUUUUCUGAAUUACUUUGCCUGGAUUGACUUUAAAACUGACCAUGUGCAAUAGCAAGGAACUGGCUUCUUACAAGAAUGACUAUAUUUCAAGGGUAAAUUAAAUGUGGAGCACUUAUAAAGUGUUAUCCAAGUCUAGCUCAUUUUGAAUGGGAAUAUUUUUGUUAGAAAAGUCUAUUAUAAAUGUGCUUUAAUUUUAAUCCAACUGGAACACACUAAGUACAGAAAUUGGAGAAGUCAUGUAUUUCUCUGAGAAAUAUCUAGUACCUUUUGCUGUUCCAUUGCUUAAUUAUUUACAGUGAGAUUCUGACAGAGCUUGUAUUUUAGCCAUAACCACUGAGUGUGUGGCUAGGGUGUAUAAAAAUCUGACCUCCAGCAUCCGGGGAAGCCUUUAUUUAGCACGUGUGUGUACAAAUCACCAUCAGAAAUGCGGCUCUUGUUUCACGGAGAUGGAAUAUUUGCUGUGAGUUUGUUGAAAAACUGAGUAGAAAUAAGCAUUGUAUUUUCCCUUAAUUUUUAGAUUUAUGGCACCAGAUUCCAAAUAAUUGAUUUGUCUACAUUGGUCAUUCAAAUUCAGGUUGAAAUACAGAUUACAUUUAUCUGUGGCUGUUGCUGAUUUGAUUCCUAUGCCAUUGUAGAUCUCCAGGUCAAAGGCCUGCCCCAGAGGAUGCUGGGACUAGUGCUGACUCUCCGAUGUGCAGCUGCCAGCACUUCUGCGCUAUACUCUAUUUCUUGUAAAUAAAUCAUUAUGAUCAAAGCUGUAUUUAAAGGGUUCUUUGAAAAUAAGCCUAUUUUUUUAUAUUUGAAAAUGAAAUUGUUUUUAAAAUAAAAAAAUGAAAAGAUAA